AAUAUUUCGGAAAUAUACAGAACUUUUUUCAUGUUUGACAUAAUUUGUGGGUUGUAAAAUAGAACUUUUGGGCAGAUGAGUAAUGACCCGUCUGUGAUUCAGCCAUUGAGGCCGGGAAAACAGUCCAAUCAAAGCAGCAAUUUCAGGAAAGCAAUCCAACUAACGGUAAUAUUUUUCAAAUUUAAACCCUAUUUGAACGCUGAUUUUCAGUAUCAGACACCCAUUCUCUUCAAUCAUCAUCAUCAAACAAGUCGAAAAUGGAUGUAUCAGACAGCGAUAGUACUGAUUACGAUUCUGAUGAUGAUCCAACUUUUGAUCUUCUUGAGGAGGAGACUAGAUCAACUCUCUCUAAACUCUCCAUUAAAAAACACAAUUCGUCUAAGGAUAUGUCUGCCAGGCGUAAUGUUUCUAAGGCUUUGGAAGAAAGUGUUGAGGAAGAGCAGGACGAGGACAAGACAGAUCCAAAGCUUGGUGAGAAAGAUCAGAGAAGUUAUGAAACUAUUCAGAAGACAAUCAAAGCUGGUCAGAUUGAGAAAUUGAAAGUGGAGCAAUGUAAGAUUUACCUAAGGAAACAUGCGCUGAGAUUGACGGGUAGCAAAGCUACACUUAUUCAGCGAAUUAAAGAGCACACUGACAUCCUUGAUGGUCGUGGAGAGGAGAAGUAUCCCCCGUCUAGUUUCGUAUUGAACUGCAAAGGGGACGCAUGCACUGGGGAUGUUGUUAUGUUUGAACAAAAUGUAUAUGAAAUGUUCUGCAUUGCAUCCAGGAGUGCUACUGGCCCUCCCUGUGGAACAAGAAUAGUAGCAGGGAGGAUUGUGAAAGAGAGCUAUGGUGCUAAAAAGCAGCAACAUACCUUUACGGUUGAGGUAUUGUGGAGUAAAGGGGAAAAGCCGCUGCCUCCACUGCAUCCUCUCCUCAUUAAGGGCAGAAAUCUCUAUAGGUUAAAAACUUUGCGACAGAAAUGGGACGAUGAAGCAGAAAGGCAGAAAAUUUUAUCUGAAAAGCAUGCGAGAGGUUCUGUUGCUCGGUCUAACAGGGAAACACGUGUCCAAGAGAAGGAAAUGCGGAAGUUGCAAAGGGAAAAUAGGGUAAGCACAGGUUACAAGGAGAAAAAAUCAGUAGCUGAGAGUAAAGGUAGGAUGCCACAUCAACACCAAAUGAAUAUAGCGCACAGUAAAGGGAAACAGCUGCAUUCUCUCUUGAUGAACUCCGUGAACAAGAAAGAUCAGCCUCAGGUAGAAGUGGUGGACAACAGCCAAAAAGAUGAACAAAAGGAAUGCAGAAAGUUUACAAAUGUCAUACAGGAAAAUGUCUUCCCUAAUCAGAGGCAACCUUUGACUAAUGUGAACCUGAAUGAUCCAAGUUCUUACAGGGAGCGACAGCAAGGCUUUGGAGAAAGCUACCCUUCUAAUCCUUCAAAGAUUCCAUUAAGAGUGUAUAACUCAAAUAUGCAUAUGCCAAUAUGGAGGGGCUCUAGCUAUGGAGGUAACACGAACAACUAUAAUAGUCUGUCAAGAAUGCAUGACUCUAAUGCACAUAAUAUUCCAACCUAUAGCGAUGGAGGUUACAACAACUGCAAUACUAGUAGAAGUCCAUUGCGUGAACAUGGUCACAUGUAUACGUAUGGCCAUUCACAAAAUAUGAACUGGCAAGCAAGGAAUGGUUGGUGUAAUGCAGGAGCUGCAAAGCGUCCAUUUCAAGGACAGGGCGAGGAACAAAAGAAGCCUUGCUGGUUUUAUGCUCAAGGAAGAUGCUACUAUGGGCAUAGUUGCAAGUACCUGCAUGAUUCUGUAGAAAUUUAAACAUUCAAGUGAAAGAACAGCCAGUAAGAAAGCUUUGGGAGAUAAUUCACAGGUCCAUUACUUUUGGUUCCUUUGUUCGGGUUACAAGUCUUUUGUCUCGGGGAUAGCAUCAUUGCUCCCAAAAAAGAAAAAAUUGAAGAACAAACUGUUUUUCUGAUCUUGUUUAAUUGUUUUCUAUUCCCUAACUGUAAUGUGCAGAGCAAACUCUCAAGCUCAAAUGGAAAGGCCAAAAUUCUAAUUUUGAUUUAAAAUUGUUAACUGAUUUGGAGAUGAAUCUUGGUAAA